UUUGCGUUGUGUUGACACAUGAUGUUUUUGUUUUGUUAUUGACAAGGGGUUGUAUUGUGGGGCUGAACAGAUUAACCAGAGAAAACGGACUGAAUACACAAAUUCAAAAAUGGUAGAAUAAAUAAGGCCGAAUUAUACCUCAAGUACUUUGAAGACAGCAAAAUCUGAUAAAUGAAGGUGCCUCUGAGUAGAAAUGGAGUUCGGUAAAGAGAAAAUUCUAAGAGUUAAUCAAUCAGAAGACAAUUUUUCUGAUAUCACAUUCGUUGCACCAUAUUCGCCUAACAGAAAUGAAGAAAAAUCACCUCAAGUGCAAAUAGAUCAACUUUUGAAAGAAAUUGAGAAGAAUGUAUGGGGUUGUGACUUAGUGUUAUGUUUGUUUGUUGCUGCUUUAACGUCAUAUCGGUCAGAUCGAUGUCUCAGACCAUUCCCGCCUUCUCAUAUUGAUGAAGAUGGAAAAAAUUUCGCUACUUUGAGACAAACCUGUGAUAACAUUCCGCCUCUUCACACUAUUUUAAAGGAACCAAAUAAGUGCUCACAUGAUGUGAAAAAUUUGCUCAUGUGGUUGUUCAUGGAGAAAGGUCACCCAAUUUUGAAAAGAAUUAACUUUAAUGCAGUACAAUUUCCUAGCAAAUUUAGUAAUGAAUUCAAACCACAAUUCAUAUUUGAAGUGUUUUAUAACGACAAAUUUGAAUCAUUAUGGCAGAAAAGACAGGCUGGGAGGAAGACAAUAUUAGCAUAUCAUGGCAGUGCUGUUGAUAAUUUUUAUUCAAUUUUGAAAGUUGGGUUACAGCAACAUUUUAGUUUGGAAAAGGAAGUUUUAUUUGGAAAUGGCAUCUACUUAUCAAAUGAGUUAUCAGUUAGUGCACAUUAUGCACCUUUUGGUCAAACAUGGACUAACAGUUCUCUGGGAAGUCAACAUAGUGUGAUAGCAAUCUGUGAAUUAAUUAAUGAUAUUGAAAAAGUUAAAUGCAGAGAUUCGCAAAAUAAAAAGAGAUCUCUGAACAAGGACAGCCUUCAUGAAAUUCCUGAAAAGUAUUUUGUGGUAACUGAUAGUGAUAUGGUCAGAGUUAAAUAUCUUAUGGUUUAUAGGCAAAAACGAGUCUUUUCUGUCAAAUCCUAUCUAACAGAACACUUAUUUUUAAGUUUAAUGUUCAUAUAUUUGGUUUCAAUUAUUGCUAUAGGGAUUUUUAGCAAUUCAAGUUAUACUAGGUCUUUGAAAAAAAUAUUUCGUAUGUUUUCUUUUUUUGAUUAGUCAUAAGCUUAAACAUAUUUUUGUACUGUUGGAUAUUGUUCCUGACACAAAUAGUGUCCAGAUUAUUAUUGAAGCAUGUAUGAAUUAUAUGCAACCAAAGAAUAACAAGUAAA